CCUUCAGCCACUAUGCUGACCACACUACUAGUCUUCGCUGGGGCCCUGCUCACUUUAGCCAGUGCAGACUUCACUGCAUCCAUUCUGGAGGAGCAUGUUGUGUCAGGAGAGUUGCCAGACUCGCUGCUGUUGACUCUCCCACCCUGUGAGAUGGCAGGAAAAAGCGUUAAUCUCACAUACAAAAUCAACAGCACCAACGACGAAAACACCUUGGUAGACAUAUUUACAGUACCAGCAUGUGAUGACAACGAAACGAAAGAGGGAGCCUCCUUGGUCUCAAGAAAUGUCGGAUACAAAGUGUCUAAUCUUCAAACUGGUGCCCAUUACAUUUUACAGUACCAUGUUGAUGGACAAAAAAGCAAUGAAGUCAUGGCCUCAACAAGAGCAGCAAUGAACUAUGAAGACAUAGACACUGGACUUCCAGCGCGCAGUGGGGCAAUGGUGGUUAUAACUGUCAUAUUAUCUGUUGCCAUGUUCAUUUUAAUGAUCGGUAUUACGGUUACUUUGGUCGUGUCAAAUGAUGAUGACUAGGACGAGUUCCUUUCACCCAGAUAGUCACCUGCCUAAACAAGGUCAUUUAAUUUUCCCUGAUUGUGUAUAUCUUGUGCAUAAAGUGAUGUAAACGCAUGUGUCUCUGCUUGUGGU